AUGACGACGAAGGAGCUGUAUACAAAGGGUGCCCGGAUAUGGGUGGAGCAUCCGGAGAAGGUGUGGGAGAGCGCCACGGUGACGUCAGACUACCGUUCCGGUGUGCUUAUUGUCAAGAUUGAUCAAACUAAUGCGAUUCGACAGAUUAAGAUCACAGAUGAGGGAAAAAUGCCUCCCUUACGGAACCCGUCGCUCCUCAUCGGGCAGAAUGACCUCACGUCUCUGUCGUACCUUCACGAACCAGCAGUUCUACACAACCUCAGAGUUCGGUUCUGCGAUCGCAAUGCCAUCUACACGUAUUGUGGAAUUGUUUUGGUUGCCAUCAAUCCUUACUACGAUUUACCAAUAUAUGGUGAUGAAACAAUUAUGGCGUACCGCGGUCAAGCGAUGGGUGACCUGGAUCCACAUAUAUUUGCUGUAUCAGAAGAAGCUUAUACUAAAUUAGAAAGAGAGAGAAAGGAUCAAAGUAUUAUUGUGAGCGGUGAAUCCGGUGCCGGUAAGACAGUGUCAGCCAAAUACGCCAUGAGAUACUUCGCGGCCGUGGGCGGCAACGCCAGCGAGACACAAGUCGAAAGGAAAGUCCUAGCUUCUAGUCCUAUAAUGGAGGCUAUUGGCAAUGCAAAAACCACACGCAACGACAACUCCUCGCGUUUUGGCAAAUUCAUAGAGAUCCACUUCGACAGUAUGUACCGGAUAUCCGGUGCAAGUAUGAGGACCUAUCUAUUGGAGAAGUCCAGGGUUGUGUACCAGAGCGGGGCUGAAAGGAAUUACCACAUUUUCUACCAGCUUUGUGCUGCUGCACAGCAUAUGCCUGAACUGCAAUUAGAUCACCAAGAUUCCUUCCACUACUUGAACCAAGGAGGCAGUCCCAACAUAGAUGGUGUCGAUGACUUGAGGUCUUUUAAUGAAACGAGAAGUGCUCUCUCAACCUUAGGUGUCACUGAAACCGAACAGCAAGACAUGUUUACAAUCCUUUCAACGAUUUUACACCUUGGCAACGUGGAGCUGAGCGCCUGCGACCCUGACGCACCACCCACUGACGACAAUGAUGAUGGCGCUUAUAUCAACUCGAGCGACAGGCACCUGGGCGUGGUGUGCUCGCUGCUGGGCAUCUCGCGCGUGGAGCUGAGCCGCUGGCUGACGCACCGGCGCAUCGCGUCGGCGCACGAGGUGAUCGUGGCGCGCCUGGACGUGCAGCGCGCCGUGUUCGCGCGCGACGCGCUGGCCAAGCACCUGUACGGCGAGCUCUUCGCCUGGCUCGUGCGCGCCGUCAACCGCGCGCUCCACACCACGCACGACAACAAGCACUUCAUCGGCGUGUUGGAUAUCUAUGGUUUUGAGACAUUCGAAAUAAAUUCCUUCGAGCAGUUCUGCAUUAACUAUGCGAAUGAAAAAUUACAGCAACAGUUUAACUCACACGUGUUCAAGUUAGAACAGGAUGAAUAUAUUAAGGAAGAAAUAUCGUGGAAGAUGAUAGACUUCUACGACAACCAGCCCUGUAUAGACUUGAUAGAGGACCGGCUCGGCGUCCUGGCUCUGCUGGACGAACAGUGUCGGGUGCCGGGCGGGAGUGACGCGGGUUUCGUCUCCAAACUGCACCAGACAUGCCAUACUUACCCACAUUUCAUGAAGCCUAGGUUCGGGAAUGCUGCAUUCAUUAUAAAACACUUCGCCGACAACGUAGAGUACCAAUCGGGAGGCUUUCUCGAAAAAAACCGGGACACCGUGUCACAGGAACAACUGGAAUGCAUAAAGUCAGCGACUGAGUGUCGGCUCAUCCACACAAUGUUAGCGGCAGACUCUCCGAUGGAACAGUCGAACACUCUGCCACCACCGUCUAAAAGGCGGACCAUGCCGACUGUACCAGUUACUAGUUUAACUCAACCAGCCCGUCGAGCGUCGGGCCACAAGCACACGGUGGGGUCUCAGUUCCGCGCGUCGCUGUCGGCGCUCAUGUGCACGCUGUCGGCCACCACGCCGCACUACGUCCGCUGCAUCAAGCCCAACGACACCAAGGACCCCUUCAAGUUCGACACUGUCAGGGCUGUUAAUCAGCUGAGAGCCUGCGGUGUGCUGGAGACGAUACGGAUAUCAGCAGCCGGUUUCCCAUCGAGAUGGCUAUAUCAAGACUUCUUUAAUAGGUAUCGUCUUUUGUGUCUUAACAAGGAGAUCGACCGCGCGAACAUCAAGUUGACUUGCGGUCGAAUAUUGACGAAACAUGUCAAAGAUCCAGAUAAAUAUCAGUUCGGUGCUACUAAGAUAUUCUUCAGAGCCGGACAGGUGGCGUACCUGGAGAAGGUCCGCGCGGAGCUGCAGCGCGCGUACUGCGUGCGCGUGCAGAGCUGCGUGCGGCGCUUCGUGGCGCGGCGCCGCUACCUGCGCCUCGUCGCCGCGCUGCGCGGGCUGCAGGCCGCCGCGCGCGGGCACCUCGCCAGGAGGAAGGCACAAGAAAUUCGUCGCAGACGCGCAGCUAUCAAAAUCCAACGCAACGUCCGCGGGUGGCUCUGCAGAGUCAAAUACCAGAGGCUCAGGCGACUGGCUAUCGGCUUGCAAGCUCACGCUAGAGGGUUCAUGGCCAGAAGACUGUAUAAAGACAAGAGGAAGGUCAAAGCGGUCAUCACAGUACAACGUUACGCUCGCGGCUACCUGGCGCGUCAACGGGUGAAGAAGAUGAAACGACAGAUCAUCAUAGGACAAUCUGUUAUUCGUCGGUUUCUCGCUCGCCGUCAGUACAAACGUUUACGGAUUGAAGCUCGAAGUCUGGACCAUGUGAAGACACUGAACAGGGGGCUGGAGAACAAGAUCAUAAGUUUGCAACAGAAGUUAGGAGACGCCAUGGAGAAGGCUAAAGGAAUUGAACCGCUGUUGAUACAGAUUGCUGAUCUCAAAGCAAAAUUGGAAGUAUUGAAACUGGUAGAAAUGGAAGUAAAAGUCCUUCGUGCAGACAAAACAGACAAAGACAACAUCAUUGCUAGCUUACAGGAAGAUCUCGCGAAUGAAAAGGAUAGCAACAAGCGCUUGUAUGACGAAAAGAAGGCGAUAGAAGAACAGUUUGGUAAAGAUAAGAAGUUGAUGGAAGAAGAGAGUGAGAAAUUGGCUAACGAAUUGAGAAGUACCAAGGAGCAUUAUGAUUUAGCUCUAGAAGAGCGUGACAAGGUCCACGAACAAGAGAAGAAAGCGUUGAACGCAGAAUUAGAAGCAGAGAGACAGAGUCGACAGAAGCUAUUGUCAUCGCAGUAUGAGUUACAAGAACGAAUAGACUCCUUGCAAAGAGCACCAGCACCAAAGGAACACAGGAGAUCGUUAUCCGACGCAAGUAACAAUUCACAACAGGAAACCACAGUUGAAGACGACUAUGGUUACGGGUCUGUCAGAUCAGUGGAAAGCACACGUCCAGCGUUGGAGGCCGUCAAUUGGUCUGCAGGCUCACAUAACGGCCCCAACGUGCCGGUCGCGGAUGCUGGACUAGUGCUGCGCAUGCGCAACAGAAUAUCUGCGCUGCAGAGUGAGUUAUCCAGAACCACGAAGAGAGCAAACGACCUGGAGGAGCGGCUUAUGAAUCGCAACGCCUCACCGCCAACGAAUCCCAACAUCGAUCGCUACAAGCUGGAGGAGCUGGAGAUUGAGAACAAGAAGUUAAGAGAACACUUGGAGAGGUUGAGGGCGGCUGGAGACUCCGUUCUUAUUUCCAAGGAAGUUAUAGAACAAAUGAACGUGAUGCAGAAGGAGUUGGACAGAAGAAGAGACGAAUGCAUACAACUCAAGAGCGUGCUGACUAACCAGACGGUGAACUUAAAAUCGCUUGCCUCAUCAAACUACGGGUCGGAUGUGGAUAUUAUAAAUGAAGAUGGCGAGUUAGCGACUGCUUAUGAAGCGCAGAAGGGUAUUAAUAGACAAUUGCAAGAAGAAUUGAUAGCUGAAAAGAAAUUCUACUCAGAGCAUAUAUCUAAGGCAAAGUCUGAAAUUGAAAAAUUGAGAGAAGAGAAUGAGAAAUUCCAGAAGAUACUGAGUGCAGAUUUGAGUCAAGAACCCAAAAAUAAGUCACAGGAAUUCGCGCAGAACGAGAUCAUCAGGCUGGCUGCUGAGAGUUUGGCUUUACAGGAGCGUGUGGACAAGUUAUCAGAGAGUUGUCGCCGGUACAAGAAUCAGAUAAGAUUGCUGGUCAACAAGCUCAAGGAAGUCGGUAUUGAAGAUGUCAAUGAUAUCCUCGAGCAAAACGAUACAACGGCACCUCCAAACGCUUCGAUGACUCUAGAAAUAGCGCCGGUCACUCGCAAGAAGGAGCGCGAGUACCUCGGCAUGUUCGAGUACAAGAUACAAGACGAAGGAGUUAUUAUUAAAAAAUUGAUCUCAGACUUAAAACCCAAAGUGGCAGUGACCCUCCUCCCUGGGCUGCCUGCGUACAUUCUUUUCAUGAUGCUUCGUCACAUGGACCAUGUGGACGACGAACCAAAGAUGCACCAGCUGAUGAAGGCGGUCAGGACCGCUGUGAAGAAGACUUUGAAGAAACGAGCAGAGAGUGUAGAGUAUAAUGCCUUGUGGCUUGCUAAUAUGCUUAGACUACUGAACAACCUGCGACAGUAUAGUGGCGACACGAUAUACCAGUCUGCGAACACGCCCAGACAGAAUCAACAGUGUCUUCGCAUAUUUGACUUGUCUGAGUACCGGCAGGUGCUCAGCGACAUUGCUGUAUGGAUAUACCAAGGCCUCAUCAAUCUCCUAGAACGCCAACUCGAACGCCUAAUAGUCCCAGCAAUAAUGGAGCACGAAGAGAUCUCAGGUUUAUCGGGGCCAACGUCUCGUCCUCCCCCUACGGGGAGCGUAGGUGCAGGGCCUGCUAGACUCAAGCAGGAGUUAAGCGCCACCCAUGAUCAUCUGCACACGUACUCAGUCGACCAGUCGUUGAGACUUAUGAUAUUUAAGCAGUUAUUCUAUUACAUCUGCGCGUACAGCGUGAAUCAGUUGCUACUGCGCAAGGAUCUAUGCUGUUGGGCCAAGGGGCUACAGAUCCGAUACAACAUCUCACAUCUUGAGACCUGGAUCAAAGAACAUCUAGCCGAAUACGGUCAGAAGAGCGUUGAAGAGAUCCUGGGUGUGCUGAAGCCUAUCACUCAGGCGGUGCAGCUGCUGCAAGCGCGCAAGUCCAUGCAGGACGUGCAGUCAACUGUAGACAUGUGCGCCAACUUGAACGCUAUGCAAGUCUGCAAGAUCUUAAACAUGUACACUCCAGCCGAGGACUACGAAGUGAAGGUGACAAGAGAAUUUAUCCACGAAAUACAGAAGAAGAUGCAGGAGAAAGCUGGUGUGAACCCCGACAAGGAGCCGCAAAAUCUCCUAAUGGACACCAAGAUGAUAUUCUCAGUUCAGUUCCCGUUCAACCCUUCACCUAUUCGCUUAGAAGCCAUUGAGUUACCGGAAGUAUUAGAACUAGAAGGUCUACUCACCAAGAUAUAA